AUGCCUCCUACCACCGGGCCGCAAAACAUGUGUACACCACCCCGUAUCGCAUACGCCGACCUGAUGAAGCCGGACGAGGACUGGCGCGGCCUUCGGAACACAGCUGAACGCAGGAAGAUCCAGAACCGUAUUGCGCAGCGGGCUUACCGACGGAAUGCGCAGCGCAAGGCCAGAGAGGUUGAGGAGCUCAGGAAGCAGCUGCGCCAGUGUCAGCAAGGGAAGGGUCCCAACUCACCUCCAGCCUCGCCCUGGCACUGCCCUAGCGAACCAUGGGGUGCCGCCAACAUUGAACCACAGCAAAUGACCCCUGGAGCGUGGUCUGCUCUAAAUGACCGCCAGGGAUCUGCUAGCACCGGCAGUCCCUCGUCACCGCCCAAACUACCACCGAGCAGCAGUGUCGAUGCCUCCGGCUACCCCAUACCAUAUCCAUCCCCGGUAUCAAGCAUUCAGAAAUCGGAUUGCCAGAACUUGGUGCAAAUGCCACCAAUAACGGCUGAUCCGAGGGCAGGGGAACUAUUCUUUGGAGAACCAACCACUUUAUCUUCUUCCGACACCGGUUUUUUGCAUGGGCUUCCUGAUCUGACUAUUCCCACAGAAGAUCUCAACUUUACUUUACCAUGGGCUCCUUCCACUAGAAACCAGUCCAAGGUCGCAACACCGGAACCUGUGUCAAACACUGCCCCUCUUCUACAUAUGGCUGUCGCCGGAAAUCACUCAGACGUCAUAUCAGUCCUCCUCCAAGAUGCGGAAAUUUCUGUCAACGAGAAAGACAAUGCUGGGUUCACCCCUCUCCAAUUGGCCGUCAUGCUGGGACGCACUCAGAUUGUCUCCCAAUUGCUUGAAUAUGGUGCCGAUGUCAAGUGUGAAGAACCCUGA